AUGUCAGAGAGCCAGUCUGAAGCGGACAAGAUCCGCAGCAAGCGCCUGGCAAAAUUGGGCAACCCAACACCGCCGGCGCAGAAUGAAGGCGCCGCAGAAUCAGCAACCAGCCGGCCUGCUUCCCCCGCGCCGUCGACGCCGUCCUCUCGCUUUCCUCAGACGCUGCCAUCGUCGAAUCCAGCCAGUGCGCCCGGCUCGUCGGCCCCCUCACCACAACUGCUGCCACAGUCCGAUUGGAAGCGGAUAAAAAUCACGCCAGCAGCCUCUGCCAGUUCGAUGCCAGACCGCUCACAAACCGUGACCCCAGUGACCGGCACACCACCUCCGUCAAGAGCGGAGGAAACCAUUGAGGCCUUCCAGGAUCGUACGCUAAGCGCCGUCUUCAAGCUGUCCUUGAAUGAGGCUCGUCAGAAGGAUAUUCACGGGCAGAGAUUGACAUAUUUGCCGGGCUUGCGGAGCGAGCUCGAGGAUCAGGGUCGGGAGAUUCGCGUGGAUAUCACAGUGCUGGAUCAGGCCCUUCUGGAAGCGGCCUCCAACGCCCCCCAGCAGAAGCCCUUGGAUUAUCUGUUACCAUGCUGGAGACGGAUCUCGAGGCUGCACAAGGGUUUCCGCCGGAGUCGCGAGGAUGACCCCAAGUUCAACGCCAUCGGCGAGGCCCGUCGCCUGUGCUUGAGCUAUUGUAUAUUUGCGAUCACAAUGCCGGAGAUGUUCGGGCUCGAGCCAUCGGAGAAAUCCCCGCUCAAGCCAUAUCUCCUCUUGGACCCCGAGGAUGACAAGGGCGUCGACUUUGAGUUCAUCAGCGAGGCCGUCAAGCGGUUCGAGGAGGAUGAGAGCCUCAAGCCGGCAUUCAUCACGGCUGUCGAGGAGAUGAGCCUGGAACUUGCGGCCAUGUCCAUCAAUGAUGACUAUAAGCCAUAUAUGACAGCUCUCCGGAAUCUUGUCCGCCACGCGGUCAUUGCGGCUGCGAUUACCGAGUCCUCAAUCUUCAACGAGUCUAGGGAUCCGGCUUCGUUUGAGAAGAGCACGCUCCUUGGGCCAUGGUUUCGCUUGUCGCCGCUGCAGAGCAGCGUGACCAUGACAUACUUUUCCAGCCCCAAGACGAGGGAUCAGUCGUACAUUCUGAACGCACAGCGGUCGAUCCGCAUGACGCAGCACAUGAUCAGCUCGGACCUACUCGAUAUCAUCAACCACUUGAUUCGCGCAUCGAAAGAUGCCAGGGAGCGGGUCUUGGACUGGUUCGCGGCCGCCUUGAACAUCAACCACAAGCGACGGGCGAUGCAGGUGGACCCCAACACGGUGUCAUCGGACGGGCUCAUGUUCAACCUGACUACAUGCCUGGACCAGCUCUGCGAGCCCUUCAUGGAUGCCAGCUUCACCAAGAUCGACCGCGUGGAUGCCAACUAUCUUCACCGCAACCCUCGUAUUGACAUGCAGGAUGAGACCAAGAUUAAUGCUGACAAGCACGCUUCGGAUGCGUUUUACUCUAAAAAGGCAGACGGUGCCUCUAACUUUAUCACCGAGAUUUUCUUUUUGACCGUUGCUGCGCAUCACUACGGCAGCGAGUCCUUGACGUCCAAGCUGGAGCAACUCGAGAAAGACCUCCGACACAUGGAAUCCACGAUCAACAAGUUUGAACUGGAACGGCAUCGGUGGAUCAACAACCCGAUGCAGCUCCGCGUCUUCGAGCAGGCUCUGAAGAAGUACAAGGAUAGGCUGGAUCUCGGCCUGGCUUUGAAGUACAGUCUCCAGGGUGUCUUGUUUGACGACCAGUGGCAGGCCCGGUCGAUGCUGUUCAUGCGGUACGUGAUUGUGUGGCUGCUGCGAGUAGUCUCGGGCACGAACUUCCCCAAGGAGCCAAUUCGUCUCCCUCUCCCGGCGCAGCAGCCCGAGGUCUUCCAGUGCCUGCCUGAGUAUUUCCUGGAUGACAUUGUCAGCAACUUUAAGUUUAUCAUGUGGUGCAUGCCCCAGAUCAUCACCGCCACGCAGGGCGACGAGCUGGUGAUGCUUUGCAUUACCUUCCUGGAGAGUUCGGAUUACAUCAAGAACCCCUACCUUAAAGCCGGUCUGGUGUCGAUUUUGUUCCGCGGUACCUGGCCACGCCCUGGGGGCGCUCGCGGGGUCUUGGUCGAUCUGCUCAACUCGAUGCCGUUUGCCAACGAGCACCUGCUGCACUCCCUGAUGAAGUUCUACAUCGAGGCCGAGCAUACGGGCACGCAUACACAGUUCUUCGACAAAUUCAACAUCCGAUAUGAAAUCUUCCAGAUCAUCAAGUGCAUCUGGCCGAACACACUCUACCGCAACAAGCUAUACAACCAGUCCAAGCAGAACCUGGACUUUUUCGUGCGCUUCGUCAAUCUGCUGCUUAACGACGUCACGUUUGUGCUCGAUGAGUCCUUUGGGGCGUUCAUCACCAUCUACAAGACGCAGACGGAGCUGCGCAACGCAGCAGGGAUGGACCCGACGGUGCGGCAACAGAAAGAAGAACAUCUGGCGUCGGCGCAGCGCAACGCCAAAUCAUACAUGCAAUUGACGAAUGAGACGGUGGCGAUGCUCAAGCUGUUCACAGACGCUCUGGCGGACUCGUUCACGAUGCCUGAAAUCGUCCAGCGGUUGGCAGACAUGCUGGACUACAACCUGGAGACGAUGGUGGGGCCCAAGAGCGCCAGUCUCCGGGUAGACAAUCUGCAGGAAUACGGCUUCAACCCGCGGGCGCUCUUGAGCGAGAUCGUCGACGUUUACCUGAACCUGAUGCUUAAGGAGAACUUCAUCAUUGCGGUGGCUCGCGAUGGCCGGUCGUACAAACCGGCGAACUUUGUGAAGGCAGCCGAGAUUUUGCAGAAAUUCUCGCUCAAGUCCCCGGAAGAGUUCCAACGGUGGGAACAAUUACAACAAAAGGUGAAGGAAGCCAAGGAGGCCGAUGACCAGGCCGAAGAGGAUCUUGGCGAGGUUCCGGACGAGUUUUUAGAUCCGUUGAUGUACACGUUGAUGGAGGACCCGGUCAUUCUGCCAGGCUCGCGGGUCUCGAUUGACCGCGCUACAAUCCGGUCUCAUUUGCUGAGCGAUCCGCACGAUCCGUUCAACCGAGCACCGCUGAAAAUGGAGGAUGUAAUACCUGAUACGGAGAUGAAGGCGAAGAUUGAGGCGUUCAAGAAUGAGAGGCUGGCGGAGCGGAGGCGAGGGCUGGUAUCGAACCAGAUGGAUACGAGUGGCUGA